AACGGCCACGCACAUCCCAGACAAAAUCCAACGGUCCAUUUUUCCUUCUCCACUUGACAUAACCCUUCUUCUUCACUUCACUGCGCAAACCCCAUCGAGAAUAGGGUUUUAGUCGCUCUCAGCACAGAGUGAACGAAGUAGAGAAAGCAAAUAUAAGGUUACUGCAAUGGCGUUUCUUAGUAAAUUUGGGAACAUACUGAGGCAAACAGCCAGCACGCAGAUAAAUAAUGAACUUUCUGCAUCCAGGCCAUCCCUCUAUCAAGCAAUACGAUGCAUGUCAUCUUCAAAACUUUUUGUUGGAGGUAUUUCUUAUGCCAUAGAUGACACUAGUCUGAGAGAAGCUUUUAGUAAAUAUGGCGACGUUAUUGAAGCAAGAGUUAUUCUGGAUCGUGAAACUGGUAGAUCUAGGGGAUUUGGUUUUGUAACUUACACAUCCAGUGAGGAGGCCUCUAGUGCCAUCCAGGCCCUGGAUGGACAGGAUCUUCAUGGUCGUCGUAUAACGGUGAAUCAUGCAAAUGAUAGAGCUCGUGGUAGCUUUGGAGGUGGUUAUGGUGGUGGAGGCUAUGGCACAGGAGGUGGAGGCUAUGGUGCAGGCGGUGGAGGCUAUGGUGCUCGAGGUGGAGGCUAUGGUACUGGUGGUGGAGGAGGCUAUGACAAUAAUUAUGGAGGUAGUUAUGGUGGUCCUGGUGAGAAUUAUGGAGGUGGUAACCCUAGUCGUGGCGAUUAUGUUGGUCAAAAUGUUGGCUAUUCUGGUGGAAACACUUUUGACGGUGGUAGCACUGGAGCUUAUGGUAGCGGCACUUGGAAUUAUGGUAGUGGUGGUGGUAAUGUUGCUGGUGGAAACACUGAUGAAAGUGGUGCUGGAAAUUAUACUGUUGCUGGUGGCAGUGAUAGUUUUGAAAGCAGCAAUAUUGGCAGUGGGUAUGAUGGAAAUGCUGGGUUGGGACUCGGUGGUGACAGUGAUCAAUUGGGUGGCCAUGAAAGCAGCAGCUUGGAUGAUGCAGCUGGAGGAUUUGAUCAAGAUGAACCAUUGGAAGGAAGUUUCAGGGAUGAUGACGAUGCUGAUGACUUUGCCAAAAGGGCGUGACAACCGCCUUCUCUUUUGGAAGCAGUAGAACUUGCUUCCACUCCAUAUUUAAAAUAGACGCCAUUUUUGUCAAGUUUUUCUUUUCCCUCACUCUUGUGUCCCUGGACAGUUUGCAUCAUUUGUCAAUUUGUCGCUGUGAAGUAAAACUUUGAAGUGUUGUUAUUUGCAAGCAACAAAGUCUUUCACUAGAAAUAAUUCUAGUUGCAAUUAAUGUUUUUCCUGUUUUCUCCCUGACC